UGAUCUUAAAAAGUUAAACUAAUAUUUUUUUAAGUUCAAUAUUUUAGAGUGUUAUAAAAAUAACAGUCGAUAAUUUUCAACUUGCAUUUUUACUAAAACGGCGUGGUAAGUAUCGACGCCAUCUACCGUUACGAAGAUAUGCAGACUUCUACCACCGUUGACCGUAAUAUACUGAAAUAAUAUUACAGAUUCCUUUGUUUAAUUUUUAUAGAAAAAUUUUCGAAAAAUAAAGUGGUGUUAUAAGAAUAAUCGGUGUUAAAAGUGGUAUAUUUCCGUAACGAUGCCGCGGACCUAUAAAAGAAAGACUGAGAAAUCUUCUUGGUCUGCCGACGACCUACAAUCAGCUCUUACAGAACUCAAAAACGGUAGCCCACUUCGGGAAGUUGCUAGACGGUUUGGAAUUCCAAGAUCAACUCUUCAAGAUCAACGUAAACGUGGGAAUACAUCCAAAUUGCAAUUGGGACGGUGCCCAGUAUUUAGUGAAGAACAGGAGGGCGAACUGUCAAAGGAGAUAAUUAAUCUUUCAAAGCUAUUCUUUGGAAUUACGCCGGCUCAAAUCCAGCAAAGCGCCUACACUUACGCCAAACUGAAUAAUUUAGCAAAUCGUUUUAACAAAGAAAAGGAGUCCGCGGGGCGCGAUUGGCUAGAAGGAUUUUUACGUCGCAAUCCACAAAUUAGUUUAAGAAAACCGGAACCAACCAGCGUAAACCGUGUGACAGCCUUCAACAAACUAGAAGUUGGAAAAUUUUAUGAAAACCUAAAUAAAGUAAUGGAAAGGUACAAAUUUUCACCAACAAGAAUUUUCAACGCUGACGAAACCGGUAUUACAACGGUGCAACGGCCUGGCAAAAUCUACGCAGAAAAAGGCCAAAAAAGAGUGGGAUAUUUGACUAGUUGGGAGAAAGGAAAAACCACGACUGCUAUGUGUGCAUUUAGUGCCACAGGAGUUUACGUUCCUCCAAUGUUCAUUUAUGCUAGGAAGAGGAUGGCCGAUCACUUGAACAGUAACGGACCUCCAGGGGCUAUUUAUCGUUGCUCAGACAACGGAUGGAUAACUGAAGAUCUGUUUGUUGACUGGUUGAAACAUUUUGAAUAUUCAGUUAAAGCUUCACAAGAAGAUCUGGUUCUUUUAGUGCUUGACAACCACUCCAGUCAUUGCUCUUUAAACGCUUAUAACUUGGCAAAGAAAAGGGGAUUGUUAUGCUCACGAUUCCUCCCCACACAUCCCAUCGAGUUCAGCCACUCGAUGUAACUUUUCAUGGACCUUUAAAGACCGCAUAUAACUCAGAAUGCGACAAAUUCAUGAGAAAUCAUCCCGGCGAAGAAAUUACGCCCAAUAUCGUUGCUGACUUGUUCAACAAAGCUUUCGGGAGAGUUGCAACGGUUGAAAAAGCUACGAAAGGAUUUGAGGUAACUGGAAUAUUCCCUGUUAAUCCAGAUGUUUUCACUGCUGAAGACUUUGUCGCCGCUGAGAAUUUACAACCUACAAGCUCACAUAAACCUAUCCCUACAAAUGAAGAAAUAAUUAGAACAGAGGAAGGAAGAGUAGACGUAGGAAAGCACAUCAUCGCAGCCAACGAAUCGAAAGAAAAUGUAUCUUUUGCAGAAAUAAUUUCGACUCCUGGAUGUUCAGGAAUCAGUAACAAAAAUCAAACAGGGGUUUCCAAGAAACAGCACUCUCAAAUAUUUACGGCCACGCCAAUGAGAGGAGUUCUAGAGGAAAAGGAAUCUGUAAAACAGAAGAAAAUGCAGAAGACGAAUUGUGGUGUGCGGGAAACGAAAGCAAAAGGCGUAAAAAGGCAAAUUUUCAAUGGUCCUAGUGAUACCGGCAGCGUUUUGCUUACCAAAAAUACCAACAACACUACCAACAUUGUGGCGAAAAAAACAGGCCUUAGAAAAAAAAGUAAGGUCACCUACGAAGGUUGUGCGGGAGAAGAAGCAAAUUCAGAAGACGGUGAUGUUACCGAGGACAUAUGUAUAAUUUGUGGGGAAUUCGGAAAGAACCGCGAAGUUUGGCUUAGGUGUGUGAUUUGCGGUGGAUGGGCACAUAAAAAUUGUAGCGAUGGGGAAAAAAAGUGUUCAUAUGUAUGCGAUUUUUGUCAGUGAGCAAUGUGUGGGGUAAAUGCGGCCCCUGACCGGAAUUACCCCAAUGCUUGGGGAUAAUAUCGGUCAUGUAUACAUUAUGUUAUAUAGAUUGUCUAUCUAUAUUUUUUUAAACGUUGUUUUCUGAUUUUUAAUAA